GCAAACACUCGUCCGCGUUUCCACUCCAGGCGUCCUCCCUCCCCUUAAGGUACAGAAAUAGAAAAGGUUUAGUGGAGGGCAAAAUAAAACGUUUCGUCCGCGUUGUUCGCCCCGAAAGACUUUUUUCCCCCGAGCGGAGCUCCAGCAUCACUGCGACGGGGCAAAACUAGCUUAGCUGGAGGAGGGGGGGGAUAUCGUCUGUCAAUCGCUCGAGUUCAGCCGGAAAUACAAUUUGUAGCGAAAGUAAAAGCCGUUGGGUCGUUUCAACGUCGACUUAUUGUGACUAUUUGAACAAGUUGGACCUUCGAGGGAAUGGCACUCGACUUCGCCGCGGGCUGCGUGGGAGGUGCUGCUGGUGUUUUGGUUGGACAUCCGUUUGACACAGUGAAGGUGCGGCUUCAGGUUCAAAAUGCGGACAAGCCUCUCUACCGUGGCACAUUACACUGCUUCCAGUCCAUUGUGCGACAGGAGUCGACGUUGGGUCUGUACAAAGGCCUGGGCUCUCCGAUGAUGGGCCUCACCUUCAUCAACGCCAUCGUGUUCGGCGUGCAGGGCAACGCCAUGCGCAAGUUGGGCCGCGACACGCCUCUCAACCAGUUCCUGGCGGGCGCCUCGGCGGGCGCCAUCCAGUGCGUCAUCUGCUGCCCCAUGGAGCUGGCCAAAACUCGCAUGCAGAUGCAAGGCACGGGGGAGAAGAAGUCCAAGAGGAAAAUGUACAAGAACUCUCUGGACUGCCUGCUGAGGAUCUACAACAAGGAAGGGAUCCGGGGCAUCAACCGCGGCAUGGUGACCACGCUCCUCCGCGAGACCCCGGGCUUUGGCGUCUACUUCCUGGCGUACGACGUGCUGACGCGCCACCUGAGCUGCGAGCCGGAGGAUCCCUACCUGAUCCCCAAGCUGCUGUUCGCCGGCGGCAUGUCAGGCAUCGCCUCCUGGAUCUCCACCUACCCCGUGGACGUCAUCAAGUCCCGACUGCAGGCGGACGGCGUGGGCGGCGUGCACCGCUACGACGGCAUCGUCGACUGCGUGCGAAAGAGCGUGCGCAAGGAGGGCUGGAGGGUGUUCACCCGCGGCCUCACCUCCACGCUGCUCCGGGCCUUUCCGGUCAACGCCACCACCUUUGCCACCGUGACUCUCUUCCUGCUGUACAUGCGUAAGGACGACGAGUGCAUCCUGACGGGCCCCGACCCGCAGGCGGCGCCCAUGCAGCCACUGCAGCCGCAGGCCCAGGCCAGCAGCAUCUGAGUUCAGCCGCGCCAAGCAGAAAAAGUCAUUAUCGCUACAAAUCAGACAGGUGUAAUAUUUAAGAAUUAUUGGUGAGUCAGAUAAAACCGCACUUGUAUAUAUAUAUAUAUACAGUAGUCUGUUUUGUAUUCUUUUUUUUAAUUUUUUUUUUUUAUGCUCAUUCAAGAAUAGAGUGCCAAUGUGGUUACAGGACUUACUCUGAUGCAGAGUAUCAUGUGAAAAGGCUGCUUUGUUCUUACGUACGCCGCCUUUGCUGUUCAAUCUUUAAUCAGACUUAUUUUGCGGUGUCAAACUACGAGCUUGUUUUUGUCUCGCUCCACACUACACUUUUUGUUAUUUCUGGGUUACCAAAGGUGGGUGAUUCGAGUGAAACCUAAGUUCCCAAUUUUAGGUUUUAAGAAAAAAACUCAAGACUUUGUCAAGUCAAAGUUUUCAUCCUUAUGUUUGGAAAUCUUCUUUUGCCAUCAAGCCAACUAAGAGAAGUAACAGUUCAAUGUGCAUCAAAACGGGUUUAGCUGGACACCAUUUGAUGAAAAAUGUUUGACUCCAGUAAAGUAGUGGUCAGCGCACUUCGUUUUGGGUGGCUUUUCCAGAUUGACCUAUUAUGCCAUAAAACCUUUGACAUUGUCUAAACCUUCAAACACACAUCCAACUGUUCCGCAUGAUAAAAAGGACUUUUCCAAUUCAUGUUCUAUCCAAACCAGGAAAUGUGACAGAUUAAAAAAUAUUGAUUUCCGACUUGCUUUAUUUCUGCCAGUUACUGGAAAAACGCAAAGGUCAUGACUUAAGACUCCCACCUCUGACGGUUCCAAAUAUGGAAACCUAUCACAUUUACUGUACAUACAUGAAAAUAUGACAUUUGUGUUCUGAGCUUACAGCCAUGUCAUUGUUUUUUUUUUUUUUGGUGUCUUUUUCUAAUACAUCCUUUUGAACCCCCAAAGGCCAAAACGAUCUGGUCCUGGCUGAAUUUCGUAGGAAAUGAGUGACUCGGCUUCCGAAUCAAUGAACUGUUGAGAAAAAAAAUUGUUAGAGCGAUGCUGUUACCAAUUUGUGUUUGCUGGAAUCGUGUUUCAAAAGUGUAUUUGCAUUCGUCAAAAUGGUGGAAUUGAGAUUUAAGUAACUGUAUCAAGUCAUUGUACGGAGCAAGGUGACUUUUUCAUCACAGUCAAGUCCAGUUUCUGCUCACUUCUUCCAUCACUGGUACCUUUCCUGUGAUCAUGUCCCCAAUCAAAAAAUCCAGAGAAAAGGAAACAAAACAAAAAAAAAAUCCUGAUGAAGGCUAGUCUAAGUUUUGUUUUUGGAGGUUGCACCUGACAAUGCUAGACUGUCACCAUCCCACCGCAGUGUAAAUUAGAACCCAAAAGGCCGAUGCAGAGAAUGUGUCACGGCAGUCUUGAAUGUCUCUCUCUCUCAAAAAAAAAAAAGUUAUUUUCUGGUUGAACCCAAAGGAUUGCAAGGCAUGUGUCGAAGCAGGGUGCCGGUGUUAAAUGAAACACAUCUCUGUGAAAGUCUGACUUAUUUUUCUACUCUUCUCUCAUUAGAUUAUUUAUGCCCAUUUUGAAUACAAAUUCUGUUACAAUGUUAUUUGUGCUAAAAUGCUGUUAUAUGUGUCAUUGAUUGCCAAUAAAAGGCACGUUCUUGUUGAA